AUGUAUCCUGUCGACAGGUGCAUGGACUCAUAUCCCUAUCAGACGAAUAAAAUGCAUUACGCCCCACAUUAUCGUCCAAGCUUUGACGAUGUCUCACAACAAGUGAAUGUUCCAGCCAACUCUCGUGCAACAUGUGAAUCUUGGCCUUAUGGUGGCUUUCCAUAUCCUGUGGAAUGUCAUGGCUGCUUUAACCAUAACUAUUUCCCUGGUUACUAUGGUUUCAGACCUCCUUAUCCUUAUUUUCCACUACAAUCAUCGUUUCAAUGUUAUGGAAGUUACCCUGCAUUCCCAGGAACCUAUCCGACUCACUAUUUUCCUCCUCAGUGUGCAAGGGUGCAGCCAAGGUAUGAAUACGCAAAGGAUAUGCCUAGAGACCAUCAUUGCUGUGGAUGUCCUAAUCAUCAAUGCAACCAAAAAGGAGAUAAAAAUCUGAGGAUUGAAGAACAAGAACCCGAUGCUGAAAAGAAAAGCAAUGAUUCCUUGGUUCCUUCCGAGUUGAAAAACUAUCUGUAUCCAGUUAUGUGUUUCCACCUGCAAGGAGGGGAUGAGAGGAGAAGCAAAUGUCAGCAGAAUGAGGAAAAUAGUCCCUUCCCUUUUCCAAUAUAUUGGAUGCCUUACAAGCCUGAGGAAGUGAAAAGAAAAGACCUUAAGGAAACAAAGGGUGGUCAACAAUCUGUCGAGGAAUUACCAUCCAAUGUCAAGAUUACUCCAGUGAGAUUUCCUGAUAUUAGAGGACAGCCUGAUUCCAAUGAUUAA